AUGCGGUCGUUGAGUGCGCACUUGUCCUGGGCGUUGUGCGCAUCAUUGGCCAUGCCACCUGUGAGCGGCACAGUAAAUAUACCGAUGUUGUUGCCGAUAGGGGUGAUAAUGCCCGAGUGUGACCGUUCUUUCGCCCCGGAGACGUAUCAAUCGCUAUGUGGUUUCAAGGGUAAGGAUUGCCCUACUGGUGGCAAGUGCAUUGCGGACGAAGAGAGCGUUCGGCGAGCAUUGGGUGUUCCGAAUCUGGGUCAUUGCGAGUGCAGCGAUGGGCAAAACCAAACGAGCUGCGCCAGCUCAACGUCGGAUUCGUGCGAGUGCCGACCAUGGACGGGUGGCACGUGCAACGGCAUCAAAUGCUACGCAAUCCGCGGGGAAACCGAGUGCAAGUGGGCCCCUUAUUACAAGGGAGCCGUUAUUCUCUCGACCUGGCAGUGUGUGUGCAAACCGGGCUUUUGCGGAGUGCCCUUCACUGUCGAGGACGGCCAGGCUCAGCUCAAGAUAGGAGGCGGCAAGUGCGUUCCGUGCGCAGCAAGUGUCGUCGACGACCGCGGCAAGCAGUGCUCGCACGCGCAGUGGAGCGCAGCGGCCACGCCGCGGCUUGCUGGCAGUGCGGAAAUGGAGCUGCUGGCGUGUGCCGGCCUGGCUGCGCUGGCCGCCGCUGCAGCAGUGGGCGUGGUGCGCGGCGGCAUGCGGGCCACGCGCUCGGGCAGCGUGCAGCCACUGCUGGCGCCAGGGGAGCUCCAGUAG